AUGUCUCCCAAGUCUUUCACCUUCUCGGCCGCUCUGUGCUUUGCCCUCGCCAUUGGCCCCGCCUCCGUGCUGGCUGCUCCCCAGCUGGGUGAUCUCCCUCAUCUCGGCGGUGGCCAAACCCACGACGCUCCUCCUACCACUGGUGACAGUGAGCACGAUGCCGGUGCCGGUUUCGACGUCGGCCUCCCCGACGGCCCUGCUGUCAAGUUCGGCGCUGGCACUCACAGCGAGACCCACGGCCCUUGUGGCCCUGGCGUGAGCAGCGAGCACGAUGCCGGCGCUGGCUAUGUCGUGGGCUUCCCCGGCGGUCCUGCUGUUAAGUUCGGUGCUGGUACCCACGAUGCUCAUCACGCUAUUCCCUGCCCUGAGAUCAUUACUGAGGUGAUCGUGAUGCCUUCCACCACGGAGGUUCUGGUGCUCCCUCCUACCAGCACCUCCACCUACGUCCCGGUCAUCCUCCCUCCCACCUAUAUCACUCCCAUCUCCAUCCCCACUGUGACUCCUGUCCCUGUAUACACGCCUCCUGCCCCGAUCCGCUCGACCCCUCUGAUCCAGCACCCUGCUCCCACGGCCGUGCCCUCUAUGCCGGUCUUCAACGCUGGCUCCGCACUGGCACCCGGCUCUGCCUUCCUGGCUGUAGCUCUUCCCGUCAUUCUGGGAUUGUUCUACUAA